AUGUGCACCUCCCCAACCACCGUCUACAGCUGCGGCCACACCAAGCCCGACCACAUCAUUGAGUUCUGCUACGCCGACGACGAGGGCGACUGCGGUCAAAUCCACACCCGCUUUGAGCACCUCCCGCGCAAAUGCCCCGGCUGCAUGCGCAGGGCGCACGACGAGCUUGAGCACAAGAGGAGGGUUUCAUCGCACGACGACGAAGACGACGACGUCGCGCCUCUGUCGCUAGCGGCCGACGCGGCGUCCCCGCCCUCUUCAUCGACGUCGCCCAGGUCUACGUUUCCAUAUUCUCCAAAGGGUGAGUGCUCACCUGCAGCCGAAGAGACGGCAACUAAAGUUGGUCGGCAGUCAUCCGCCGUCACCACUACUGAGGCAGAUGCCGCAACGUCGCCGCAAUGUAAGCCGAUUCGGAGUUCGCCGAUGCGCGAGCGUUGCGGCGACGACAUCGGAAGGGAAAAUGCCGCUCUUGGCGCCGACGUCAACGGCGAGAGCAGCAGAGGCAACCGUGUCUCCGUUCUCAUGCCCCAAAACGUAUUGCUCUGUUGGCGACGCUGA